GGGCAAAUCGAAGAAUUUUCCGCAGAUGGUGAUUUCAACGUGUAUUGUGAGAGGAUUGAGAACUUGUUCUAUAUGAACUCAGUCUCAGAAGAUCGCAUGAAAUGCGCGAUUUUCCUAAGCUUUGUGGGAGCGGAGACCUACAAGACUCUCAAGGCUGCAAUAUAUCCAGAGGCUGUGAGAUCCAAGACAUACACGGAGAUCAUUGAGGUGCUAAAGGGAAAAUUUGCGCCAAAAAGAAGCAUCAUUGGCGAGCGGUUUGUUUUCUACAAGCGUGACCAACUGGAGGGAGAAACGAUCUCAGAGUUCGUGAUGGCUCUGCAGACCCUGGCAGAGACUUGUGAUUUUGGGGAGUUCCUUCCCUGGGCGCUUCGUGAUAGGCUUGUGAUGGGCUUAUCAAAUGAACGCAUCAAGGAAAAGCUCAUUUCUCUGGAUAAAGGGUUCGAUGAAUCUCUAAAAAGUGCUUUAGCCGCAGAGCUUACCAGCUCUAGUGUUGGGCUCAUGAAAACCACAAAGGUGAACUUUGUUGGUAGAAAAAGGCACAGGGAUCGAUCAGCUGGGCGUUCUUCUGGGAGAGAUUCCGGCGGGAGAAAGAGGCGUCGAUCAGCUGGUCAAAGUCGAAUGCAGGAGUCCAGUUCCAGAAGUGGGUCAAUGUCACGAGAGAAAAAGAGGGAAGUACAAUGCUAUCAUUGCCAAAAAUGGGGAAACCAUUAUGCAUAUAAUUGCCCUCAAAAGAAGUCCCGUUCGAGAGUGAACCACACUGACCGCACUGACCAGUCGAGUGAUAGCGAGCGUGAGGAUAACAUCUCCUCAAUGUUUCUCAAUAGCGUGGUCGUGAAAGUGGACCCGGAGAGAAACCCGCGAAUUGGGAGUGAGCGGAGUAUCAGUGUUCGUGAUGGUGGCAGUGGCAAUGGGAAGAAAAGUGCAAAGAGCCAGGAAGGUGAUCUUCCAGAUGGCCGCACUAAAAAGUGCAGUGCAGUGAAUGGCUGUGAAAGUCAACGUGUGGUGGUGCGCAGCGUUUUCUCCAGCUCAGAAAAGGAGCUACGUGAAGUGGAGAAACUCCUGGAUGAGGAUAUGCCGGAGGAAGGCAUCCUUAACUGUGAUUUGGAGGAGGAAGAGCGUCUGCUGGGGGAAAUAAAUUCUGCACAAUAAUACGCCAUCCACGGUGACCGGGGUGGAGCCAAAUAAUUUGGCACUAAACUUCCGCCCGAGAACAUUGAUGACAAUGCUUAACAGAGGGGGAGAAGAUGCAGAGGAAAAGAAGCAGUGCAAGCCGAAAAUUAAGAGGCCCGUGAAGGAGUUCUCAAGAGGAUCUGUGAAAGAUUCUAGAGCCAGGCGAGAAGUCAAGGAGUCUAAAGGAAAGCAAGAACAGAAUGGAAGUCUGGAGGAAGGUCAAGAAGUUCUAUACUUCCAUACUCUUGGACAGCAAUGGGCGCGAGCGAAGGUGAAGAAACGGCUCAGCAAGACAGUCUAUCAGAUAGACAUCCGUGGAACUCUUAAGAAGGUUCAUCGGGACCAAAUAAAACCAUUUAUAAAACGAGUAAGGUUCCUGGAUGGUCUUCCACCGCAGCCCCAAGCUCACCAUGAGACACCUGUGUCAGACAAUCAGGAUGACUUUCACACACCGCCUUUGACAACAAGAACACCUGUACAACGCAGAAGAAGACGGCGAAUAGCAGAUGAUGUUUCAACUCCCACCUUAAGGCGAUCCAAACGCAUACAGAAGAAAUUAUCAUUUGAUAUAU